UCGCUAUAGCUCCCCUCUGCUCUAUUUGUCCGCAUAUACGUGAAAACGCAGCCUUUAUUUACUGCGUCCCUCCGCAAAUAAAAACUUCCGCCUUAUAUUUUGCAAAUAACAUAGGAUGUGAAAUAAAAUUUUCGUGAAAAUGUAGUGAAUUUAGAUAUCCAAUCGAAAAGUGUCCUUAUUGCUAAUUCAAAAUGGCAAACGAACCUUGUUGGUUCGCCUGGAGCAAUAAAUUAUUCAACUCGCUGGGAUUCUUCAUGAUAAACGGUGAAGCGUGUUGCUCUCGCUGGAUGAUCGGCUUGAUGUUGCUGGUGCCACUGGCCGCCGCCUCCGCCAGCUACUGCGCCGUUCCCGCUGUCGUACUGCUAGCUGCAUUCAUGGCUACAGCCGUUUUCACGUGUAAGGACUUAAAAAAAUUGGCAGAAAUUCUCCCACCCUCAAAAACUGUAAGAGGCAGGCGCGAGAGAAACCUCCGCUCCUUCGCAGACUUCAUGACGAUGUGGCUAUAUUUUCUGUCGCACUUAGUGGCCGUAGCGAUCAGUGCCAGGAUGCUCAGCGGCACGGCCGACUAUAUAACUGGAGGAAGAACGAGAAGAUGGCUGUUUGGGUACGAGACGCGGUCUCUAGGGGAGCCCUGGCCUGACGUGCUGGGUGUCACGGUUGUCAUUAUUGCCUGUGGCAUGUUCAUGUGUGGCCUAGAGGAAAGUGUGAUAUUCACCUACAUGUUGCUAUUUAUCAUAUAUGCCUUGAGUCAAUUUUUUGCCAUCAUUGGACUGUUACAUUUUGACAUUGCGAAAAUAAAUCUAACGAUACCAAUAACUGCUUAUGAGUUAUUUGCAGCAGGUGCACCAAUUUCAUACUCCUUCGGCGUGAUUUUGACUCCUAAAGAGAAACAAAAUGUAAAGAAGAGUUUAUUACUGAAAGUGGCCGCGCCGAUGGUGGUUUUCUCAGGAAUGUCUUUUACCUACGCCAAUAUGAUGUACGGGUCGAUUAUUCCCAUUGAAGACCCGUUCAACCGAGUCGACGCAUCUGUGCUACCGAUGGCCUUAAUGGGAGACACGUACACCCCCUAUUUAUUUCGGGCCCUUGCUGCGAUCACAGUGGCAGGGGUGGGCCUCGGGCUCACUGAACUGUGUCCUCUGCUGUUCUCGGUGUUGGUGACACUAGCAUCUCCCGAGUGGAAAGUGCUCACGAGGUCGAUGACGUAUGAGAGCACCACAACUGGAAGUCCCGUGUUGGCUGUGUUUACUGCAGGAAGUUUGGCGGCAAUCCUAGCGUUCGCGUGUCCGCUCUCGCACAUGGUCACCCUGAUGAAUGCGAGCCACCUGCUGGGCAUCGCGGUGCAGGCGCUGCACUUCACCAUCAUGAGGUGCGAGCCCACAGCUGAGCAGAAGGAAGCCGGCGAUGUGGAAUACAAACGAUUAGGCAUACAAGGACCAUCAAGAUCAAAAUCUGGCCUGAAAAAUAAACAUGGCCUCUGGUUCAUUCCUUCAGCAAUUCGUCAUACAAAGACUUUGGAAAGCAUAAAAUCAAAAGUAACAACAAAAGAAACCGAGGAACGCGAAUGUUUACUGUUGGACGAGUAUGCUGGAUGUCCCACUGAAGAACUGGACCAGGUGACGAGCUGCAGCAGCGGCCUUCGAGAGGCUUCCACCGAGAUAGUGGACGUGGCUUCAGACGGCGAAGCCAGCGAGCCGGAGAUGUCCUCAGGAGACGACUCCACUGACAUCGACGCGGUGGUGAAGGAGUAUAGGGAUAGUAUUCAGGUGGUGACAGCGCCUCCUGAAGCGAAAGCGCCGGCGCUUCCGAGCGUCCGCGGCUGCCGCUGGUCUGCUGCCGGCGUUGCCGUGCAACUGGUAGCCGGCGUGCUCAUAGCCGUAGCCUUGUGCAAUGACGACAUUAAAGUUUACUUGUUUUCCACUGGAAUACCCUUAUGGCUUUGCGGUACAUUUAUAUCGAUGUGGCAGCCAGCUCACAGCCUGAGCAUGAGGAAGACUCAAUCGCUGGAGGGCCCCAUCACACUACUCAUGGCUGUGUUGUUCCUCACCCCCUUGUUGUUGGACUCGUGGCCCGCCAUCACGCUGUUUGCUGGAGCGGGAAUCGUUAUAUACGCGCGUUGCGAUAGAUGGUGCGGAGACUUGGCCGUGCAGCAAGCCCGUUCCACCAUGGAGAAGCGGAAACUGCGGACUGUGGCCGCGGUGCCCCUCACUGCUUCACGUUUAGCCCACAUAGACAGUGUCUAUAUCACCAGAUGACAUGAAGAUGACUCGGAUACGAGUCUGGACAAUCUCUUAGACGCUGAGGAGGAGAUGGAGCUUGACGAUGAAUAAAUAAUAAGAUUUUUUUUAAAAUCAACUCACUAUCAUAUGAUCAUAAAUCAUUUUCACAUUUGAGAAAAUUCGUUAGCGCGCUAGUAGUCUUAUUAUAUGUAGGUGUCAAGAAAACAGAGUUGUCGUUGUCAGAGUUGCCAACUGGAAAGUUAUCUUCAACUGAUGUAUUUUAGCAGGUUUUACUUCAAUUGUUAAGUGUGAAAAUUUUAAAAACUGUCCUCCAGCAUCAAAAUAGUGCUUUGUCUAGGAUUCAAUAUGAUUCAAUUAAGAUAUCGAUUCUUAUAAUAAAAGAGUAAAAACAGUCGUUGUACCACAAAUAGAAAAAGAUCAAAUGUCCGUAAGUUGAAACAAAUAAAUUAUAUUAAGUAGAUUAUGAAAUAUGUUUCAAUAUCUGUAUGUACGCCACAGACCGUUUAACUAAAUGGUCUGUGAUGCACACCAAUCUUCGGUAUCGUGGGAUUUCAACGAAAUUUCGUGCACUGAUUAAGUACCUACCUUAGAUUACAGAAAUGUAAUGGAUACAAUCACAUAAUAGUUUAUAAAUAUUUGGCUGCAAAUACAAAGCAAGCAGAGGUUUUCUUAUAACUAUGAACAUGUCUUAUAAGUUACAUCUUCUAUAAAAUUAACAUGUCUAGCGUCUAUAACUAUACACAACGUCCGUCCACUUCAUAAACCAUCGUCAUUUCGCUGUCGUUAGGCACUGCUUGGCAUGAUGCUUGUUGAUUCUAAAUUAUCUAUAACUGGGUACACAUAAUCUUAAAAGUAUGAAAUUUAAUGCUUAUGCACAUAAAUGCCUUAUAUAGAUAGGGGAAAGGUCAAAAUGACCAUAUUACGAAUAAAUAAAUCUUAGCGAUUAAAUCGGCCUAAGUGAUUUUAAGGUAAUGAAGAAAAUCAAUUUCAAAAUAAUUACUACAAUAAGAUUUUUUGGCGACUUGCAAUAAAAGAACUGCUUU